AGUUGUAAUCAGGCUGGAGUCAGUAACGGACGUCACAUACGAUUUGUGCAAGCCAAACGAGCAGGUUUUAGGUCUUUGAUUCAAAAGUUUGCAACUCAGACGAAAAAUGAAUUUAGCCAAAUAUCUGGUGACAUUAGGAUAUUUUUUCUACUACGAAUGUUUUACAUACCGGUUUAAUUCAGUACAAGCAGUGGAUUCUUCUGAGCUUUUAAUGCUUCCAAAUGAUCGCAUAACUCUGGACGAUUGUUAUCUCCGGUAUCACACGUUUCCGGACAGGCAAUGUAUAAAACCAGUCUCUGGAUCUCCUGCACUGCUGAAGGAGUUCGCUCAUAUUGGAGCAAUUGGCUGGACUCAGUCGGAUGGCACCGUUUCGUGGAACUGUGGCGGCACCCUGAUCUGGGCUAACGUUGUACUAACAGCUGCCCAUUGUACCUUGGAUUCAAGCAACACACAACCGGAUGUGAUUAGAUUUGGUGAUCUCAAUAUUUACAGCUCCGAUGACGACGACUAUGCGCAGCAGCUGAAAAUCGUUGAAAUUAUAAAACACCCUGAACAUCGUUAUUCAGCUCAAUACCAUGAUAUUGCAUUGAUGAAGCUAGAGAAAAAUGUUGUCCUCCAUGAAACAGUAGUUCCAGCUUGCCUGUGGACUGAUGAAGAAGUAAGAUUCAAAUCAUUGGAAGCGGCUGGAUGGGGUGCAAUAGGCUUUGCUGCUGAGCAAACGCCGGUUCUGCUGAAAGUAACCCUCAAACCGAUAGACAACCAAGAGUGUGGUGAAACUUACACAAAUAAGUCAAGCCAUAAAUUACGCUUUGGUCUUCAAAGCCAUCAAAUGUGUGCUGUUGAUGAAAGAAUGGAUACUUGCCAGGGUGAUUCAGGAGGUCCACUUCAAGUCAAAUUGAUGCACAAUGGCAAGGUCACCCCUUUCAUUGUUGGGGUUACAUCUUUUGGAUUAGCUUGUGGCAACUCUGCUCCAGGCGUGUACACGAAAGUAUCUUUCUACAAUGAUUGGAUUAUUGAUACGAUGCGAAGUUUUGGGGAAAACGUAAACGAGUCCACUUACAAUGCCACAUUUUGCGCAUUACGAUACGUAAAUUUUCGGGAGUAUGAGGAUGCCGCCAUCACCUGGAAAAAUGAGUCAUUCGUCUCGUUAAAUUUUGAUCAACUACAUGUGCACGAGACCGAAAAUCUUCCACCAUACGUAGCCAAACUCUCUUGGCGUUCUGGAGGACGUGAUGAUUGCCACGGAGUAAUAAUUGAUGAAACUACUGUUUUAACAUUGGCUGAAUGUGUUUUUUAUAAUGGGACUUCUGUCGAUCAUAUUCUAUAUUUGAAGGACCAAAAGAUGGACGUUUCUAAGAUUCACAUUCAUCCUGAAUAUAUUGAGGGAUCUGGGUAUAACAAUAUCGCUAUUUUGUCUUUGGAACAUUUAGUGGAUGUUUAUCAAAUUCGACCUGCAUGCGUUUGGCAUGACCAAAAAAUACCUUACAACGAAGUAAACUUCUUCGGGACUGGUAGAGUUGACAUAAAUACCUUUGACUCAAACGUGCCAUUGAUUAAUUCCUCAACGACGCUUCUAAGGCCACGUGCAGCUGUUCAAAACUCGACCACGUGUAUUAUUUCUAAGCAAUAUGGAUCUAGGCUCAAAAAUGGAUUGAAAGAAGAACACAUUUGUAUGGGAAAUGAUUUCUUUCUGGUACCAAAAUCCUGUGAUGUGUCGAUUGGUGGUCCCAUCCAUUCAUAUACAGGCUGCGCAGAAUACUUUCCCGAAGUAUACGGAUUAAUGCAGUUUGGAAGAGAUUGCGGAUUUGGGGAACAUACCGUUGCAACAGGAUUCGCCAAUCAUCUCGAUUGGAUGAAGUCGGUGAUCCUGAAAAGUCAUAGCGAAGAAAAGAGUGCACUCCAGUUUCUAGAUUAUGAUUUGCACGAAGGGGACGCAUGCUCAAAUAACAACAAGGGACAGGCGGGUCUUUGCGUUAAUGUGUCGAAAUGUUCACAGAAAUGGAAGCAGCUUUUAACCGCAGGAAGUAUUUACUUUUGCUCUUCUACCUCAGUGAUUUGUUGUCCACUGGAUGCAGUCGAUCGUGCAGCUGAUAUUCAUCCGGAUCUAGCCGCAUGUCCAGAUGUUGUAAGAAACAUCAAGUCGAAGUCGAAUGUGGGGUCACUGGUUCACAUAGGGUGGUUCGAGAACUAUGACACUAUAUCAUUCAACUGUAUAGGUUCUAUAAUAACAAAAAACAUAAUUUUAACCACAGCCAGUUGCCUUGGAGAAGUUGUACCAGCUGUUAUAAAAUUAAUUUCGAACGAUUCAGAUUCCUUUUAUCAUAUUAAUGCUACUCUUAAACAUCACGCCUUCAAUGCAACCGACAACAGUAACGAUAUCGGACUCUUGAGGCUGACAGAGAAGUUUGAGUGGAGUUCGGAUGUGUAUCCAUCGUGCCUAUGGACGAAUAAAACGCACACUCCGUUGGUACUGGAAAUGAUUAUUGCAACUGGACCGGUUGAUGUAUUCUAUCGACGAGUGAUAGCGAUGUACAAUUCGGACUGUCAGAGAACAAACGCUUAUCAGUUACCAGGAAGUCAGCUUUGCGUGCGGGAUCCUAUGCAGAAACCAACCUGUUCGGAAGAACCCAGCAUAUUGCAGUGGGAACGGGACGAUGAAGUAGUAUUUGUCGUUGGAUCAUCCACGAUUUUGCCGGAUUGUGAAGAUCGCUUUUAUAUGAUAUUCACCAGAUUUUCAGCCUACUCACAAUGGAUAAGUGAUAUGCUCCUACGAGUGUGAAAUAGUGCAGUAAGAUUUUAGUGCAACACUGUGGUAGUUUGUUGAUCUAACAAAGGUCCACGCAACGUAAUAAUGCUUAUGGAGAGAUUUGAGUGCCCGUUUUAUGGAAUCAAAUAACUCGAUUAUUAUCAAUACUUCAACAAUAUAUUUUACAUAGUUGGAGAAGAAAAAAUUCUCUCGCCUUGAA